CAUCAGUGGACAUCCUUUUCUAUUGCUGUUCAAGUAGGUAUUUCAACUUUCUUUAACUUCACUUUUAAAGGUUUGAUAGCUGAAAUGUUUGACUCACAACAAGCGGUAGUCUCUAGAAUAUUUGAAGUCUAAAAAAAUAAACAUAUCCACACAGGCUUUUCAGCUCUGUAAUGUGUCUCAUCAUCAGCCAAAUCUGGAAAUCUGGAUUUAACAAUACAAACUUUAAACAUUUAAAAUGACAUUCUUGCAUAGAAAAUAUCUGAUAUGUGAAAUAAGAUUUUGAACCACAUGAAAUCAGUGAUAAUGAUCAUGAGAUCCAAUUCUGUGUCCCCCUUUCAGCACAUAAGUGCCAUUCAGUCAUUUGUUUUCAUUUCCUGGCUCCCAACUUCAACAUUUUGAUCCAAUCUCAACAUUCUUAUUGGCAUAAAUCCUCUCCAUUUCAUGCCACCUUCCCAGCUAAAAUUAGUAACUGAUGUUGUGAAAUGAACAUAGUAUGUGUUAGUGCCAGCUAUGUUUUCUGGGGGUUGAAAGAGACUGAAACCAGAGCUAGAAGAAUAAAGAUUCAGGGUCAUUUCAUAAUGUGGCUCAAAAAAUGCUUCCAAAUGGGGGAUAAUAUUACUGCAUGUCUUCAGUAUGUAUAAAUGGAAAGUGUUUUCUGGCUUGGUCAAUAAAAAUAAACUAAUUCAAUCAUUACUUUGAAAAUGAUUUCAAAUUCCAAAUAUUAAGCGAUCAAAUAAUGACUCAAAUGUCUAUGUUAAUAAUUGUCAUCCUUAUUAAGUUUUAUAAAUCCAGCAUCUGCAUCUUGCAGUCUCUUGAUGACACUGUAUCAUGUUAGAAAUUACUUGAUGUUUUCAAUACUUGACUAAACUGUAAAAAUUCAUCUUUUCAGUCAGCCUGUGUCUCUGUUGCUCAGUUAAGCCAAAAACAUUCAACAGAGAAGCGUUUUGAUGAGUUCCCAAUCCCUCAUCUGCCUUUUGUCUGUGUGCCUGUGUUUAUUCAGAUCCACAAGCUCAUACUCUGAGAUCUUGGUUAAAAGAUAACUUUGAAGGGAUCUGGGAGACUUUGUGGGCCUCAGUGUCUGAUCUAUCAUGCUAAUAGACUCAAAGCAAGGCAUCCUAGGAAGGCUUCUAGUUAUUUGCAUUAAAAUUUGUGUUUUGCUAUUUGGUCUUUUGCCUAUCAGCUUAAAAACACAUUAGGGUUUUCAAGUUAGGCUCAUGACAUUUGUUAUUUUUAUUGUUUUAAAUAAUCAUACUUUGCCUUUUGUAACAAGUUACCUUGAAUUGCUUUUAUAGACUCUGUAAGUAAUGGUUACUAAUAGGGCUCCAGGCAUUUAGACUUCACUCCAGUUCAGAGAAACCGCAAGCAGAUCAAAUGAUAAUAGAGGACUUGGCUGGUGUUAACAGCAGUCAGACAUCCAGCUUAAUUUCUCCAUCCCACAUUCUCUUUGGUUAAUCAAAUUAAACAUGAAGGAUAGGCCAGCUGAUAGCUUGCUCUCAUCCUCGGUAACAGGACACUGCUCCAGCUCAAAGUCCCACUGGCCUCUUCUAUUCCUAGAUCAUUAGCAACAAAUGGCCUUCCCCUUGAUCUCACUCCUCAAACAAUAACACUCACCUCCAAUGAACCUUCAGUGCUUCCCUUGGUGAAACGUGCUGAUAAUAUAUAUAUAUAUAUAUAUAUAUAUAUAUAUAUAUAUAAUAUAUAUAUAUAUAUAUAUAUAUAUAUAUAUAUAUAUAUAUAUCUGGAGAGGCAAAAAGUCAUUAGCAGCUUCUGUGAGGAGUAGCUGGUAAUAAAACAGACUGAAAUAGAAACAUGUGCGUGCAACACAAUAAAGUAAAAGUAAAAAAAAGUACAGUUAAAAAUAAAAAUUACUAAUAAUUAUAAUUAUUAUAUGAUCCCAACAUGUCUGAAAAGGAGUAGGAUGAAGCAUUUUCCUUUUUUUUAAACCUACCCCUUAUCCGCUACUCAAUAAACAGUCAUCCUCCAACUUAUUUACAUUUUAUUAACAAAAAAUAGAACAUAAAUAGAGUAAAUAAGUACAUAAAUCAUUUAUAACAACCGAUAGCUAAACCAACUACAAUAAACAUACCCAGUUUUAUAAUCCUUCGAGAUGUGUCCUAGCCACUAAUGUGCAGAAGAAAAUCAAUUUAAAGACCUUUCACAAAUGUGCAUCACUGACAGCUUUGGUUUUUUAUUGUUUCAGGAUCACCAUGUCUGAUUCGGAAGACCAUGGGUGAGUCAAUCCUGUACUGCAGCUUAAUUUAAACACAUAGUAUAUGCUGUAUGUUGUAUGUAAUGCCUGAUACAUUUUACUUUUCUUUUUCAGGGGUCAUCAGGAAGGUGAGCACAAGCAUUGAUUUAUUUGAUGAAUCAGCAGUGUUUUGAUUCCUCUUCACUGAAUACAUGUGAUAAUUCAUUUCUCUAGAAGAAGAUGAGGAGCAGGGAGAAGGAGGUGAGUCCAAGCUCAUAAACUGGGUCAUUUUUUUUUUUAGUAUGAUGAACUUUAUGAACUGUUUUUGAAGAACUCAUUAGUAUACAAGCUGAAACACCAAACUGUGAGAGUGCCACAUUCAGCUAUUUUAAUAUAAAUAAAAUCAACGCACUAAUUUCAUAAUAAAAACGCAUUUUAUUUAUAGACUCCUUUUUCAACACUCAAGGUCAUCUGACAUCAUUAAAACAAACAGAGGUUAAAUAGAUAGAUUAACACGUUGUUGUGUUUUUAGGGUUUCUAAACCAGAUUUGCUUUAUUCCACUUAGCUCAUUUGAACUUAAAAUUGUUAUUUUUCUUUGUUUGAAUACACAAAAUGAACUGAUUUACAUUUUUGUCGUGGAUCUGGCUGCCGUGUUGAAGAAGAACGCCCGAAGUACAAGUAAGACUGCAUGGAAAUUCUUGUCUUGGUCAGAUUGAAACAGGAGGUGCAUUGCAAAUAUAAUGAAAGUAAUCAGACAUAUCAAAUAUAAAGAAACAAAAACACAGAUAUGAAUGUGUCUUUAUUUCUUUUACAGACCAGUCACUCAGCUUGCUGCCCCUAAAAUCCCAGAGGGGGAGAGAGUGGAUUUUGAUGUAUGUUUAGAUCAGUGUAAAUAAAAUUAUUAAAUGAUCACAGAAACAAAUGAAAGCGCUGAAUUAAUCUUGAUCAGUCUUUUUGCCUCUGCCUGUCAGGAUAUUCACAGAAAAAGGAUGGAGAAGGAUCUCCUGGAGCUGCAAACUCUGAUUGAUGUACACUUUGAGCAGAGGAAGAAAGAGGAGCAGGAGCUGAUUGGACUCAAAGACAGGAUUGUAAAACCCUGUUUCUUUACUUUACCCUAGUAUUUGCCUAAAAGAGAGUUACACCAGCCAUACACGACCAAAUUAAAAGCCAGCUGGCAUGUUUUCUUGUUUCAGGAGAGCCGCCGGGCAGAGCGUGCCGAGCAGCAGCGUGUGAGGGCUGAAAAGGAACGGGACAGACAGACCCGAAUUGCUGUAAUUAAAGUCUAGCAUUGUAUUACAUAUGUUGUUUAAUUCAACAUAUGGUCGGAUAAUUACCCUCCACAUGUUAAAAGAGCAAUUUAAGUUGGUAAUCAACUAAAAAUCCCAACUACAGGAGGAGAGGCAGAGGAAAGAAGACGAGGAGGCCAAGAAGAGAGCAGAUGACGAGGCAAAGAAGAAGAAGGUGCUCUCCAACAUGGGGGCUCAUUUUGGAGGGUUCCUGGCAAAGGUCACAGAAAAAUAUUUGCACUUUUUGUCAGUCUCUACAGCUUGAAUAUAUUCUUUUGCCAUCUAUGAGACAGUUCAAAUCAAAUAGCAAGAAUAUGUCCUCUUGUAAACUGAGAUGUCUUUGUUUUUUUUUUCCCUGCAGGUGGAGCAGAGGAGAGGCAAAAAGCAAACUGCAAGAGAGAUCAAGAAGAAGACCCUGGCGGAGAGACGCAAACCGCUGGCUAUUGAAGAUCUGCGAGAAGAUGGCCUUAGGUUAAUUCACAACCAUUUAACAAACCAGCAGCUGUUGUAAACAUUGUUAUCAGGUAUUUAAAUUCUGUUGUGACGGGUUAUUACUACUGAUGUGUUUUAGAGAGAGAGCCAAGGAGAUGUGGGAAUGGAUCUACCAGCUGGAGUCAGAGAAAUUUGAUCUGACAGAGAAGAUGAGAAGGCAGAAGUAUGAAGUGAGUCAUUUGGCUUCAACAACACAAUGCCAUGUGUUUUUUUUUUUGUUGAAAAAAGGCUUAUGAGUGACGUCAAAAUGUGUUCAAUUUUCAGAUCAAUGUUCUCCUGAACAGAAUCCAACAUGCCCAGAAAUUGUGAGUCAAUCUGCUCUUCUAAAUCUACCAUAACACAUCUCCUACGCAAACGCGAGCGGAAAACAGGGCAAUUAAAAUAGCCGCUUUGCAAACUAAACACAAAUGAAUGGCAUGUAAAAAACACAGGAAAUUACCCCCUUACACAUAUGUCAUUCACACACAUUUAAGUCCUUCAUCAGCCACAGUUACAAGUUAUUUGUAAAUGAUGAGUUGUGUGUUAACUCGUGUGUUUGUUCUUGUUUAAAUGCAGCAAAAAGGUCCAUGGAAAAGGGAAGGUUGGAGGACGUUGGAAAUGAACUCACAUGGAGAAACAAUAAGAUCGCGCACUAGUUCAGAGCAAGAUGACAACUUUUUUUUUGCAGUGUUGAACGUGUCAAAACAGAAAAAUCAAUGUGUGGCAUUUAUUUAAGUACCCCAACUACAGUUUAAAUUAAUAAAAGGCCUGUGUUCACAAGCUUGAAAUGUUAUUAUCUAAAUCAUUUAAUGUCAACAAAACAAUUAACAAACUCUAAAAAUAAAGUCUGUCUGAGGCCACUAACAGGUACUCAACACUGGCUUGAAAACUUUCCUAUAAAGGAAAAUUAUAUUGAGAAAAAACAAAACAAAAAAAAACACCUUUUACUUCUUCUGUGGUACAAA